AUGUUGAUGCUUGACCCCUUACUAGAUCUAGACAGUGUAUACAGAUCUGUUGUCCAACUUGAGAGGCAACUCAAUGGUGAAGUUGCUAAUACAAGGAAGUCUGAGGAGGCUAUUGCUUUGGCAGAGACACUGGUUGCAUCCAGGACUCCACCUGGGUCUUCUAGGGAUAGACAACCUAGAGAGAAUCAGCAUCAAGAGGGUUUAUUCUGCCAUUACUGCAAAAAGGGUAACCAUGUUAUCCAGGACUGCUGGAAACUUAAGAAGAAGAAUAGGGAAGGAGGAAGAAAACCCUUCGCAGGGUCAGUCGAGGUUAACACUGGUGAUAAGGGCAAUGGCUCAAGUGGAAGCCCUUCCUAUUCUCCUACAAGUACAGUUAGCCAUGUUGAGGCCAAUUCCACAUUCACUGGCUUUACCAAUGAAGAACUAUUCAUAUUGAAAUCUCUUCUUCAGAGCACUUCAACUCAGCCACCGUCUUCUUCCUCUCAAGCUAACUAA